AUGUCUGAAAACUUGGAAAGCAGAUACAGCCGUCUCGGCUGGGAUCAAAUUAAAAUACUAGAUCACGUAUUAAGUGAAGACGUACCAAUCCAUGGAAGAGGAAAUUUUCCAACACUGGAAGUGAAAACAAAGGAUAUCAUCCUCGUGAUUCAAGAAGAACUCCAGAAGAAAGAUAUUGUCGUUAAAGAUAUCCGUCUGAAUGGUUCAACAGCUAGCCACAUCCUUACAAAGCAGAAUGGAACCAGUUACAAGGAUAUCGACAUCAUUUUUGGUAUUGGGUAUCUUGGUGAGCACGAAUUUCAGGUUGUGAAGGAAACCGUUCUGGAUUGUCUGCAAGACUUCUUACCAAAAUGUGUCAACAAAGAAAAGAUCACAUCAAUGACCAUGAAAGAUGCCUACGUUCAGAAGAUGGUGAAAGUUUCCACUGAACAUGACCGCUGGAGUCUCAUUUCUCUCUCAAACAACACUGGGAAGAACAUGGAGUUCAAAUUUGUCAGCUCACUUAGACGCCAAUUUGAAUUCAGUGUUGAUUCCUUUCAGAUAAUCCUAUCCAACCUUCUUGAUGUCUACAGAGAUGCUGAUUAUGUGCUGAGCGAAGAAUCCUCCCCAGAUAUUGUGGCAGAGAGCAUGUAUGGAGACUUCGAACAAGCAAUGCAUCAUCUGCAAAACAAGCUUAUUUCCACCAGAAACCCUGAAGAAAUUAGAGGGGGAGGCCUUCUCAAAUACAGCAACCUACUGGUCCGUGAUUUUAAGCCAACAAGUGAGACCGAAAUCAAAACUCUGGAACGUUAUAUGUGUUCCAGAUUCUUCAUUGAUUUUCCUGAUGUGACAGAGCAACAGAGGAAGAUUGAAUCCUACCUACAUAACCAUUUCGUAGGUGAAGAGAGGAGCAAAUAUGAUUACCUGAUGACCUUGCGUGGAGUCAUCGAUGAAAGCACCGUUUGCCUCAUGGGGCAUGAAAGAAGACAAACCCUGAAUAUGAUCACCAUUCUGGCUCUAAAAGUACUCGGAGAACAAAACAUCAUUCCCAACACAGCCAAUGUGACCUGCUUUUACCAGCCUGCUCCAUAUGUCACUAAUAGAAAUUUCAGCACCUAUUAUGUGGCUCAUGGACAUCCAUUCCUCUAUCACUCUUACCCACUGCAUAUUCAUAUGCAGAACGGUUUGGUUUAAGUAAAAUUAAGGCAGAGAAACAGCUGAAAUGAAGACCUCCUGAAAGCAAGUUUUCAAAUCCCAUUGAUUUUAGGAUCUAUUUUUUUUAAGCUUAUCAAUUAUUUCCCAUCAGCCACAGAUUAUACUAUCUAUCACCCAUAAAGUCAGGCCACAAAGAAAAAACAAAUUACAAAACAAAAAAGUAACUGUGACUUUACCAUCAUCAACUGUGGCUUUCAAGUAUUCCUAAGAACUGCAUUAGAGGUUUUUUCAUCUUUGACAGAAAAGAAGAAAAGACAGUUUCUAAAUUCAGAGGCACAGU